UUGAAAAUUCCUGCCGGAAGUCCUGCUCUGCCCCAGCUCGGAGUUGGCUCAUAACGGUGCAACUACAAAGUUGCAACAAGUUUCUCCGCUCCUUGGACUCAGUGAUGUCGAACAACAGCGCGCCCAACAGCAGCUUGGUCAUUGCCCAGAAGGCAGUGAAGCAGCUGCGGCUGGAAGCCAGCGUCCGGCGGAUCAAGGUCUCUCAGGCAGCAACAGAACUGAAGACCUUCUGUUUGCAAAAUGCUCACAAAGACCCACUCCUGACUGGGGUACCCUCCAGCGAUAACCCAUUCAGGCCUGCCAAGUCAUGUGUACUGCUUUAAGGGCUGGGAAGGAGAGCGGAACAACCAAACAAAUGCCUGUGUCACUGCUGUUGAAGAUAAAGAAGACGACCCCACUGCUUGCAGCUGAUCAUCAGAAGGACCUUUUAAUAACAAAAAAUGUUGGAGUGAAAGAAAACACGACUGUCCCAGAAUCCUUUACAUUUCAGAGGCUUGCCCAGAACUGGUCUAAGAUUAAUGAUUGAAUAAAAAGUAGGGUUGCACCCACAAGAAUUCUGAGACAUAAAAUGUAAUAUUUCAAGACGCUAGAGUUUUUUUUUUGUUUGGUUUGAACCUUUAUUUUUCAAAGAUUGUCAUUUUAAUUGCAGUUCAAUUACAGCAACAUAUGUUUCUAUUCUAAAUCAUAGUUCUCAUGAAGUUAAUUUGACCUGUCCAAAAAUGUGUCCAGCAUUCAUUUAGGAAAUAAAUGUUUUAUAAACUGUUGUAAUAUUUACA